AUGGCCCAUCCGGGUCAGUGCAAGGACGAGGCAUCGGGACUUGAGAAGGUGGUUCUCCGACAGGCUGGCGGCGCGACAGCGGAGGUGUUCUUCCAUGGCGGACACGUCACCUCGUGGAAGCACGACGGCAAGGAGGAAAACCUCUUCAUGAGUAGCAAGGCCAUUUUCAAGCCACCCAAGGCAAUCCGGGGCGGCAUUCCAGUCUGCUUCCCUCAGUUCGGUCCAAUGGGGCCGUUGGAUCAGCACGGCUAUGCCAGGAAUAGAUCCUGGUCGUUGGAUCCCACGUCUCCCAACACGGAUCCUGCCUCUCUUGACCUCCUCCUCACGCCCUCCCCUGAAGACCUGCGCAUCUGGCCGCACAGCUUUGAGCUGCGAAUGAAGGUGGCGUUGGGAAGAGGGGGCGAGCUGCUGUCGUCCAUGCGUGUUCUCAACACAGACAGCAAGGCGCUCUCCUUCACCUGUGCCCUGCACACAUACUUCCGCGUCUCAGAUAUCAGCGAGGUGCGCAUAGAGGGGCUGGAGACGCUGGAUUAUUUCGACAACCUGGAUGCACUCAAGAGAGUGACGGACCAAGGGGACUCGAUCACGUUUGACUCUGAGUUUGACAGAAUAUACCUGAAUACGCCAGCAAAGGUUGCUAUAGUGGACCACGCAAUAAAGAAGACGUACCUCGUCAAGAAGGACGGAUUCCUUGAUGCAGUCGUGUGGAACCCCUGGGAGAAGAAGGCAAGGGCUAUGAGCGACAUGGGAGAGGGUGAGUACAAGCGGUUCGUGUGUGUGGAGGCAGCAGCGAUCGAGAAGCCAGUGCAGCUGAAGCCAGGGGAGGAGUGGCGCGCGGGGCAAGAGCUGUCAGUUGUUCCUUCGUCAUACCACAGCGGGCAAUUGGACCCUACCGUGAUCAACACCGCUGACCGCCGUCUCAAUCCCCUUAUCGCUGCCGUUGCUGAGCGUAUGGCGAAAGUGGUGAACUGGCAGCAGACGGCAAUCGUGUCAGCACUCCUGAUCGCCACUGUUAUAAUCACAAGCCAGUGCUACCCGGCUUCUUGGAUUGACCGUCCGAGCCGACCAUCUGACGACUGCACCAUCCCUGCCAGUAACCAGCAAGGCUCUCAGAAACCCUCGAGAUUCCUAAUUCAGGACUACGGCCUCCAGGGACCCAUCCCCUGGACGUACAUCCGACCGUCCGUCCGCGAUGAAUUUACUGUCAACGGCUCGAUCAGGGCCGUUGAACUUUUCCACGGGACGGAUAUGGGUGACUCUGGAGCGAAGGCUGUCGUCUGGCCGACCAGACAAAUCGACCGGAAAAGGAGAAUGGCGGAGGCGCGAUCCCCUAGAGUCUCUAAAUACGGCGAGAAUGCAACUCUUUCUUUUUACGAGGCAUUGGAUAAGUACCCAGUAGAAGGGAAAUCGGUGCUGGUGAUAGGGAGUCAAACCCCUUGGCUUGAGGGGAUUCUCUUGGCGUAUAGAGCUGGAUCGAUCACGACCGUUGAUUUCAACAAACCCUUUGCAGAUUAUCCCGGAUUGAGGCUGUGGAAUAUAGCUGAGCUGGAUGCCGCCAAUGAGACCUUUGACGUGGUAGCUUCCUAUUCGUCGCUGGAGCACGAUGGGCUGGGGAGAUAUGGCGAUCCAAUAAACCCGGAUGGGGAUCGGCUCAGAAUGAUGAAGAUUAGGGGCCUGUUGAAGCCAGGAGGGCUCUUCUUCCUGGGGGUGCCUGUAGGCAAUGACACGCUGGUGUUCAAUGCGCAUCGCGUGUACGGUCCCAUCCGCAUGCCACUGCUGCUCGACGGCUGGAAGCUGCUGGACGUGUUUGGGGUGUCCAGUCUCGAAGCAGCUUAUAGGGAAAACCUUAAUGCAACAAUCUUACAGCCGCAGACGGCAAUCGUGUCAGCAGCCCUGAUCGCCACCGUUAUAAUCACAAGCCAAUGCUACACGGCUUCUUGGAAUGACAGAGCGAGCCGACCAUCUGGCGACUGCAUUAUCAAUUCCGGUGACCAGCAAGGCUCUCAGAAACCCUCGAGAUUCCACAUUCAGGACUACGGCCUCCAGGGACCCGUCCCCUGGACGUACAUCCGACCGUCCGUCCGCGAUGAAUUUACUGUCAACGGGUCGAUUCAAGCCGUUGAAAAUUUCCGCGGAAUGGAUUCGUACGAUUCUGGAGCGAAGGAGUUUGUCUGGCAGAGCGAAGAAAUUGACAAAUAUCGGCGAAUGGCGGAGGAGCGAGCCCCGAACGUUUGCCCUUACGGAGUCAAUAGCACCCUAUCGUUUUACGAGGCAUUAGACAAGUACCCAGUGACAGGGAAAUCGGUGCUGGUUGUAGGGAGUCAAAUCCCUUGGCUUGAGGGGAUUCUCUUGGCAUUUAAAGCUGGGUCGAUCACGACCGUUGAUUUCAACAAACCGGUUGCAGAUUAUCUGGGACUGAGGCUGUGGAGUAUUCCCGAGCUGGACGCUUCAGAUGAGACGUUUGACGUGGUAGCUUCGUAUUCGUCGCUGGAGCACGAUGGGCUGGGAAGAUAUGGGGAUCCGCUCAACCCGGAUGGGGAUCGGCUCAGAAUGAUGAAGAUCAAGGGUCUCCUGAAGCCAGGAGGGCUCUUCUUCCUGGGGGUGCCUGUAGGCAACGACACGCUGGUGUUCAAUGCGCAUCGCGUGUACGGUCCCAUUCGAAUGCCACUGCUGCUCGACGGCUGGGAGCUGCUGGAUGUGUUUGGGGUGUCGAGUCUCGAAGCAGCUUAUAGGGAGAACCUAAAUGCUUCCAUCAUACAGCCGGUCAUGGUGUUGAGGUAG